CAAAAUAAGGCAUCUCAUUACAGUGCCAUGAGCUGGAUUCCUCCGGUGCUUUUUUCAUGCAGGGCAAGGAGAAAGUUUCAUGGCUUAAACUCUCAAGAUUUCAGAAGAGCUGCCACAAAGGAAAAAGAGACCCCUGCUUUUCUUUGGGGGUGGGGGGAGGCUGGCCAAUCUGAGGACAGGCCAAAGAAGAUUUGAAGAAGGUGGUGUUCGUGAGCUGGGACUCCAACUUCCAUCGCCAUGGACUGGAAGACAUUACAGGGCCUGCUGAGUGGAGUGAACAAAUACUCCACUGCUUUUGGCCGCAUCUGGCUCUCUGUGGUCUUUGUUUUUCGUGUCCUUGUUUAUGUGGUAGCUGCUGAGCGGGUGUGGGGAGAUGAGCAGAAGGAUUUUGACUGCAAUCACCGGCAACCUGGUUGCACCAAUGUUUGCUACGAUCAUUUUUUCCCCAUCUCCCAUAUCCGUCUCUGGGCGCUGCAGCUGAUUUUUGUCACCUGCCCGUCUCUGCUCGUCAUCAUGCAUGUGGCCUAUCGUGAGGACAGAGAAAGGAAGAACCGAGAAAAGAAUGGGGAAAACUGUCCCAAACUUUAUAGCAACACUGGAAGGAAACAUGGUGGUCUUUGGUGGACUUACCUCCUGACACUCUUCUUCAAGCUAGGUAUUGAGAUCGUCUUCCUCUAUCUGCUCCACAGAAUUUGGGACAGUUUUGACCUGCCACGCCUGGUCAAGUGUGAUCUGAAACCGUGCCCCAAUACAAUUGAUUGCUACAUUGCUCGGCCUACUGAGAAGAAGAUUUUCACAUACUUCAUGGUAGGGGCAUCAGCUCUUUGCAUUGUCCUCACCGUGUGUGAGAUCUUCUACCUCAUCUUCAAGAGAGUGAUCCGCUCAAUGAACAAAUGGAAGAAGAACAAGAAGUCCUUGACCUACAGCAAGGCCUCCACAUGUCAGUGCCAUUCGAGGAUGGAACAUGCACAGGAUGGGAAAUUAAAGAAUUCCCCCUUAGAAGGCCUCAGAGCUUCUGCACCUAACCUGACUUUAAUCUGAGAGGGAGAAGAAACAAAUCCAAAAUGGCCCCAUGCCAGGACACAUUUUUCAAACAUAAACUGGGGCGGGAGGGAGGACUUGAAGUGGAAGCCUUCCAUUGAAUCACUAAGCAAAUUUUCCACAAGGGAAGGGCCACAAUGAUUGAAGGGGAGCUGACAGGAACACUGCCAUGUUUAUUCAGGUCUAAAGUCAAGGCCAUCUGUUUUCACAUUAUAACUAAGCUAAGUAUGCACACACUUCAUAUGCUCUGGCAAAUCUAGGUUGGUUUGUUCUCCAAAACCUUCUAGAAAAGUUGUAACCUUCUACAUUCUCAGGUUUAUGCUUUCUACUUUUCUAAAGUCUCUCAGAAGACAGACAAACAUCUGCACACAAUAUGUUGUGGUCUUUAAAACCUAGGACAGCCAAAAUCUAUGACCCUUGAUUUCUUCAACUGAUUUAUUUAGUUGUUCAUAGAGUUGUUUAUAGAGUGUUAAUCACUGAAUUGCCUGAGAAGGAGGGGAGUAAAUGAAUUAGGGGAAUUCAGUAAACAUGGAUAAUUUAACCUAGAUGUCCUCCCUGCUCUUGCAGACCACAGUUCUCUGAAAUAACAAAUGCCAAUGCAAUCUACAAAGCCGUCGAAACAAAGCACACUGAAAGGUUGUUUUAGCUGAAUUUCCUCUCCUGAAUUUUACCCGGAGGAAAUCCACUAUGAAUUUGUUCGUAUUUGAGGAACUCCCAGGGAAGCAAAGUCUUGCUAGGUAAAUUUUGCAAGACAGAGGAGGAGAAAGUCUGCUUACACUAUUCCUAUCCCAUUUAUAGUUGAGCUUGAUGACAGUACCCACUGUUGAAUAGAAAGUACCUUAACAAAGCAUUAUUUAUAUCAUAAUUA